AUGAGGUGUUUGAGAGGAUUAUGGACGACCAGGAAACAGCUCCUGAACAGAGCGAAACCAUCCACCUUGACAACUACAGAGACUCCAGCUCCAACCACCACGACAAGCUCGACGACCUCCUCGACGACAACUCCUCAGCCAAUCGCGGAAAUCAUUCCUGAUAACGAGCUUGAAGAAGAGGUAGUGGUGGUCAGCGAUGCCAUUGUCAUACGAUUACCCCACGAAGCAUACGUAACCGGUUGCAAUGAAAAUGCUCAGUGUACAUAA